UUAAUGCUUUACUCUUUGGAUGAUUCAUUUGUUGUUGGUUGACCAGUUGACGGUGUAAAUUGUUUUCGCGAAAUUGUUGUUUUGUCACUCGAACAAAAGCUUACAAAUUUCGUCUAAUGCUGAUGUGUAAAGUUGAUUAAAAUGUCUUUCGUAAAGUUCGAAAACGUGGGAGCAUUUGUAAGAGACUGCAACGGUACCACACUUCAAUAUGACAAAGCGUGUUUGGAAAUAGGAACAAACGAAACAAUAAGUUUUUGGAGUCAAUAUGAAGAAUGUGAGGGCUGCGUACUGUUGGAGACGAAGAGAUUGUCAUCCACAGGGGCCAUCGUUCUCAGUACUUUGAGUCCAGUGCGUUACGCCAUAAGAAAUGGCAAUGGGCAAAUUUGCAAUGGAACGUAUCAAUUCGGAGAAUUUGGUCAGUAUAGCAUCAAUUUGUCAGAAGUGGUGAAAGAUGAAUGUCUCCCUCGCAUGACUGCGGAACCUGACGCUGCCGCUCUGCCAAUACUAACUGCUGUGGUCACACUAUUGUCUAUGGCUACGCUAUGGUAUAUUAUCAAAGGUAUCGGCAAAAGGAUCAUAGCAGGAAGGUGGUACGCUAGAUAUUUAGCAAGAGAGGACAACGAGCUCGGUUCUGAAACUCGUGUGUUGACUGCGGAGGCUAGCGUUCAUCGUUCGCCGACCCGCUCGAGACUCCGUUCUUUAGACAUCUUCAGGGGAAUUGCUAUAGCUCUAAUGAUAUUCGUGAACGCCGGCGGCGGUGGUUACGCGAUAUUCUCUCACAGCGUCUGGAACGGACUCACUGUGGCUGAUGUUGUGUUCCCAUGGUUUGCAUUCGCGAUGGGCGAAGCUCUAGUCUUGUCUCUUAAUGCUAGAUUGAGGACUUCAAUGUCCAGGACUACGGCACUCUAUCAGGUGGCCCGUCGUUCGUUUUUUAUGGCACUGAUAGGUAUAGUUCUGUCCUCUGUGAACGUGUCGUGGAAUAACGUCCGCCUGCCUGGCGUGUUGCAACGUCUCGCUGCCAUGUACCUGAUAGUGGGCGCGCUGGAAUGUGCCUUCAUGACCACCAGCCAGAAUAUAACACCCGGUGAGUACACUAGUCUUAUUCUUAUAUAAUGAUAAUUUUGGCCCAACAACACUGGCGCCUUAAAUCCGGCUCUGUGAACCCCGUAAAAGAUUCCAGUUGACAACGAACCCUUUGAACUAACUAAUAAAAUCAACCCUUUCAAGAAGAUAAAAAGAGGUAACAAAUGCAUUGCCAUAAUAAAUAUUCAUUUAAUAUUAUUGUGAUGCUUGGAUUUUUGGAAAUAAUUUUGACCUUCAUCGUCAAGUCAUCGAGCCACCAUUAUGCAUAUUUUAUCGCGAACCCCCUUCUGUCAAAUGUCGAACCACUAGGGGUUCGCGUGCCCCACUUUGAGAAGCCCUGGGCCUCAAAGGUCCACUAAAAUUAUUAAUAGUUUUAAGUGACAUUCGGUCAGUUAAAGAAACGUCCAUUAAGGUUUAAUAACAACUUUAGGUUAUGACGAAUGUUCUAAAUUUGAAAAUUUUUAUAGAUGUUAAAACGACUCUAGACGAAUGAUUCAAAAAUAGAACUCCUGACGAGUUGAACCCGUCCGACAGUCUUUAAUACCCAACA